UUUGCCUGCCGGUUGCAGCCGCAGGGCGCUUCUUCGUUUCUUCCACCCUUCCGCCGCCACCGCCGCCGCCGCACCCGUUCCUGCUCCCUUCGAGUGGAGAUGGCGCUCUACCGUCGUAUCCUGCUCCUCCGCCGCCUCUCCCACCUCCACCCCUCGCCAGCCCCCGCCAUCUGCUCCUCACCCCCACCCACCCUUGCGGGGCUCCUCACCCCGACGGGGCGCCGCCACUUCGCCUUCUCCUCCGCCGAGGAAGCCGCCGCCGAACGCCGCCGCCGCAAGCGCCGCCUCCGCAUCGAGCCUCCAAUCAACGCGCUCCGCCGUUCCCCGCCUCCCCCGCGGGACCCCAACGCGCCCCGCCUCCCGGACACUACGUCCGCGCUCGUCGGCCCGCGCCUCAGCCUCCACAACCGCGUCCAGUCCCUCAUCCGCUCGGGUGAUCUCGACGGCGCCUCCGUCGUCGCCCGCGCCGCCGUCUCCUCCCGCGUCCGGCCCACCGUCUUCACCUGCAACGCCGUGGCCGCGGCCAUGGUCCGCGCCGCCCGCCACGAUGACGCCGUCGCGCUCUUCGAAUUCUUCUUCCGCCGCUCCAACAUCGUCCCCAACAUCGUCUCCUACAACACCCUCAUCCUCGCGCACUGCGAGGCCUGCCGCGUCGACACCGCGAUGCAGGUGUACCACGACAUGCUCGCGUCUGCGCCCUUCUCCCCCUCUGCCGUCACCUACCGCCACCUCACCAAGGGUCUUGUCGCUGCCGGCCGCAUCCGUGACGCGCUCGAUCUCCUCCGAGAGAUGCUCUCCCGCAACGCUGGCGCCGACUCCCUCGUCUACAACAACCUCAUCGCUGGAUACAUCGACCUCGGCGACUGGGACAAGGCCUUCGAGCUCUUCAACGAGCUCGCAGAGAGGUGCCUUGUCUACGACGGUGUCGUCCACACCACCUUCAUGGAGGGCUACUGGAAACAGGGCAAGGACAAGGAGGCCAUGGACAACUACCAGUCCCUUCUUGAUCGGGGCUUUAAGAUGACGCCAGCCACCUGCAACGUCCUGCUUGAGACACUCUUCAAGCACGGCAAGCACAAGGAGGCCAACGAACUAUGGGAAACCAUGAUCGACAACCACAGCCCGCCAAGCUUCAUCGGCAUCAACGCCGAGUCCUACAACGUCAUGGUUAACCAGUGCUUCAGGGAGGGCAAGUUCAAGGAGGCGAUUGAGGUCUUCCACCGCCAGCCGAGGAAGAACGUCCAGAUGGACGUUGGUUGCUUCAACAACAUCAUUGGCAAGCUCUGUGAGAAUGGGAUGCUAGCUGAGGCAGAAAAGCUCUUUGAGGAAAUGGAGACGAAGUCUGUCCUUCCAGAUGUGUACACCUACACUUACCUUGUUGACUCGUGCUUCAAGGAAGGCCGUGUGGAAGAUACAAUGCAGUAUUUCUACAAAAUGGCAGAUGGGAGGGAGCAUGGGCCAAAGUUCAAUAUUGGUUUCUUCAACCGCAUGUUUGAAGGACUUACAGAAGCUGGCCAGAUUGAUGAUGCCUUGAAGGUGUAUGGGAGGAUGCCUGACAAGGAGAUCAAGCCAAACACGAUCACUUUUGAAAUCCUUGUCAAAGCCUUAUGCAAAGAAGGGAACUUGGAUCAAGCGAGGGACCUAGUGAUGGACAUGGCAAGGAAUGGUAUUGUGCCUCCUCCAGAGUUCCGUGAGUCUGUUGUUGACUUUUUCAAGAAGGCUGAUCGACAGGAAGAAAUUGAGAAAGCUUUUGAAGAAAAACCUAUGCCAACACCUCAGCCAAGGACAGAGUAUCAGUUGAGGAAUGAGUAUCGCUCUCGCAAUGCAGUUGGUGCUGGUCAAGCAAAACAACCUGGCUUUAGCUCUACUCCAGCGGUGGAGCCUGGAUUUGUUUACUCUCAGCCACGACAGUCAACGUUUAGUAACAAUCAGAAUCAGCAGCCUGAGUUUGGCUCAUCUCAUUCAUGGAGUCCAGGUUUUGGUGCUCCUCAAGCACAUGGAUAUGGUGCAUCUCAGCCUGUACAAGCUGUAGUUGGUUCGUCUUACUCUCAACCACAACAGUCAAAAUUUAGUAACAAUCAAAAUCAGCGGCCUGAGUUUGGCUCAUCUCAUUCAUAUAAUUCAGACUUUGGUGCUCCUCAAGCACAGGCUGGAUAUGGUGCACCUCAGCCUGUACAGGCUGUAGCUGGUUCGUCAUACUCUCAACCACAACAGUCAACAUUUAGUAACAAUCAAAAUCAGCGGCCUGAGUUUGGCUCAUCUCAUUCUUAUAAUUCCGACUUCGGUGCUCCUCAAGCACAGCCUGGAUAUGGUGCACCUCAGCCUGUACAGGCUGUAGCUGGUUCGUCUCAGCUACGACAGUCACAGUUUGGUGCUUCUCAGGGUGUACCAGCAUAUAGUAACAUAGGAAAUCAGCAUGGUCAGUUUGGCUCUCCACAUGGAGAAUCAAAAUUUAGCAACCAUCCACCACAAGUUGGGUAUGGUGCCCAGUUGCCUCAGUCAGGGUAUCGCUUUGAGCCCCAACAAGAACAGGCCGGAUUUGGGAAUCGAGGAGCGCUGCCUGCAUAUGUGGCUUCAAGCCAACCCUCAUAUGGUACCCGCUGGAGCUCAAGUGGUUAUGGAUCAACCCAGGGGCAACUGGGAUACAGUGGCCCUCAAGCGCAGUCACAUGAAUCUCAGUUACCACAUCACCAGGCAAGUUUUGGCAUGCCACAUGUCCAACAUAACAAUGACUUCUAUAAAUACAACCCUGGAUACAGGCCAUCUAAUGGUCUGCAGGGAUUUGAUGCUACCCAUGGUGAUUCUGAAACUGCUUCAUCUAAAGACCAUCAAGAGACUACCCCUCCUGAAGAUGGGCAACAAGUAGCAUUUAUGAAAGCAUGAGGACUGCAUACAUAUUUUGGCUUCAAGACAAAAAGGAUUUUCAGACAUAAAAUGAAUUAGUCUCUUUAGAUAUGAUGAAGAUUUUAAUGGAUAGAUGUGAAUCAGGCUCCCAUGUUGUUCCCAUAGUCCUCACUGCUGUACCGUUUAACUGAAUUCAUCUGAUGUUUCUCAGGAUUAAGGAACACUUUUUACUGUUUGUUUAAAUUCGAACUUUUAGUCAGCAUGCUUGGUGCAUUUGGAAGUAUAUGGUAUUGCUAAUCUAUUUUUUA